AAACUUUAUGCCGUGCCACCAAGGGUCACCGGAUUCAAUGAAAUAGCGCUAAAAGGAGUCCUUACGUUUAAAUGGAGUUACACGGCAGAGAUUUAGCUAAGAUAUCAGUAUGAACUAAUUACACUAUCCUUGAAGUCAAUUACCUUUGAAGAACUUGGAGCGUAAUCGCCAUGAAAAUUCUACCAAUAUGGGCACUUUCGAUACUCCAGUUUGGAGGUACUCUUGGGCUCACGGUGAAGAAUACCUUCAGCAAUUCACGGCCGCGCCUGGGCGAUACAACAACGCUAAUGUGCAACGUUGCGGGUGGAACUGCCAGCUAUGUCGUGUGGUGGAAGGACAAGAGUCACAACAGAGGAACAGUUCAUAUGACGUUAAAUUGUUUCGUUGAUGAAGAUUCGGUAAAUGAUUCCAAAUCAAGAUUGACGAAGAGUCAAUGCGAUGAGAACAAUUUUAAUUUUAAAUUAAGUAAUGUUCAAAUAUCGGACAGUGGAGAUUGGGGGUGUGAGGCAGAUGGACGCGAGGCCACAACCAGACUGAGAUUGGAGGUUUUAGUUCCACCCCUCACCCCAACAGUAACGAACCCAUCGCCGGUCAUUGUCGGAGACACUGCAAAUUUGACCUGCAAUGCCGAAAAUGUCAACGUCACGAAACCAGUCACGUACACGUGGACUAAAAAUGGCAACACUGUUUCACCAGGGACCAGUGCACCCGGUAUUCUUCAUUUUUCGUCCGUCACGAAGGAAUAUGCAGGGAAGUAUGUUUGUGACGCGAAAAAUGAUGCUGGAUCAAAGGAAAGCAGUGAACUGGAUUUCGUUGUAUAUUAUGCACCAGAUUCUUUGCAAUUGAAAACAACAACUCCGCCGCAUAAUUCCAAAUCGGAAAACCAAACGGAAACAUUUACAUGUGAAGCUAUUGGCGGCAUUCCGGUACCAUUAGUGAAAUUAAUACGGCUGGAGGGGACUACGAAAGAGGCGCUGAUUCUGGGAAAUAGUCGUGUUUUAAUUUUUACGAGGCGAAUGAUGCGACAGGAUAAUCAGGUCGAGUUCUACUGUGAGGCGACUGGACCAGGAAUUCCCAAUCGCAUGAUGUCCAUGGUGAUCACAUACAACGUAUUUUUUCCACACAACGUCCAGGUCAAACUCAGCAAGACGACUGUGAAUGAGAAUGACUCUGUAUGGUUUGAGUGCACCGCCGGUGGGGGCAACCCAGAGCUCAUUACGCGGUACCAGUGGCUCUGGAAGAAGAGUGGCGCCACCUCGGAACAAGUCAUCCAGGACACCGCGACCAGCACACAGAAUGGGAAGUUCUUGGAGUUCGUGCGUAUUCCAUAUGAUAAGAGUGGGACGUUCACCUGUAAGGUUUGGAACAAUGGUGAAAUGGGACAGGCGUCGACAGUCCUCAAUGUACACUACUCUCCCCGGAUACACCCAGGGUACAACAUGAAGUACGACGUGGCAGGCGAGAUUGACAAGGAGGCAUCGUUUAAACUAUUCAUCACAGCUAACCCGAUUCCGCCCACAACUGGUUACGUCUGGUCCAAGGGUGGCGAGAUCCUACCGAACUCAUCUCAAGAAUAUGAAAUAAUUUCAUUGAAGACGUCGAGCAGCUUGACAAUUAAAAAUGUCAAAACCACUGAUUUUACCUUCUAUACCUGUACUGUGAAAACGAGCGGAUUUCCAGCAAAGGUCUUCAAGUUGGAGCUUCUCAAAGUUGGUCCACCAUCUGCACCCAGUAAUCUCAAAGUAGUCAACUCAACUGCUGUAGCAGCGACCCUCGAGUGGAUAUCCGAAUUCGAUGGCGGAUCGGAGCAGAGAUUUUACGUCCAAUACAAGAAACCUGCAGAGAAGUGGGAUGUUGUGUCGGAUGUUCCUGAGGGAGGAAUAAUUGACCCAGGUUCAAAACAAGUCGUGUGUCAUAAAGUGAUGGAUCUUGAGUCGAAUGUCGAGUAUUUGUUUCGGGUGCGCAGCAACAAUUCCCACCCAGGCUCUCACAUAAGUAAUUUCAGCAAUAUAGCGUCUGGAAGUACGCCAGAGAAGCCCAAAACGUCCAUUAUUGGUGUGAGCCGGACAGACAACAAAGUUACCGUACGCUGGAAACAUGUGACCGGAAAAUAUAAUGUAAUUAUAAUCAGAUACUGCCAAACCGGCACAGAAAACUGCAUGAAUCACACCGUGCGAAACUUAACGGAUAACACUGCAACAUUUUCUGUUUCUGCCGAAAAGAGAUAUUAUUAUCACAUGAUGGUUGAAGAUGGUGGUGAUAUUGUUUACAGGAGCGUGGACAUUAAAGAUGAGGACAAUACAAUCAUAGUUGUUAGCGGGGUUGUGGUUGGUGGUCUGGUUGGAGCAGUCGUUGUAACGAUAACAGGCGUCACUCUGGCAAUUGGUCUAUGGAAACUAAGAUCGGUGAGAUUAGAAAAGAGGCAGGGUCAUCCACCUGCUAUUGACACCGACGAUUACGACGAUACGAGGAUUGAAUUCACACCGACUGAAAAUGAUUCUGUACGAAGCUACUCCAACAUUGGGACUGAGAACGUGACCGAUACAUUUAACCCUGAACGUACCGCCGACCAACUACCAGUACAACAAAUGGAUACGGGGCACCACUUACCAACACCCGGAGUCCUUAGGAAUACUCCAGCGUCCUCAGAUGAUGAGCUGGGGUCCUAUGACUACAUGGAUAGUCCUACGACAUUACGGCAUAGUGCUCCACGUCAGAAUCAUGUUCCUGUUGACCAGCCAGAUCCAAUGGAUCUAGAGGAUUCUACCCAGUACGAAAUUAGCAAAAAAGGACAGAAGUCGGAAGGCACAUACAGAAUGUCCAACGACCUAAGUAUACACACACAGGGACGGCCUGUCCCAAGUGCAACCGAGAGCGAAUCAGACCAAGCCGAUCGUUCCAAAGCUUGUGGGCCAACUUCAGACCGCUCUGGUGAUGACGUUGGUCACGGAAAAGGGUCAUUAUAUACCCAUCUAUAUCCAGUAACGGCAGUAAUAGACAAUGAUGGUGGACAGUAUUUGGAUUUCAGACAGCUAAAUCCAGAACAACUGAGACCAAUAUAAACUCUAAAAGGGAAACUAACGUCGUGGUGGUUGUCCGUGAUUUUGAUGGAUUUGACAAAACCGACAGAUAGGUGGCGCUUGCAAAAAACCUGAUUUAUAUUAUUGCCAUUAUUUUCAUUACCCUAUGGUGUAUACAUGAAAUAAUAUGAAUGAAUCUGUCAUGUCUGGUGGUAGGGAAGCAAACUCUAGUAUUUGGCACAACUGUCACGAGCGCAGACAGGAGAGAGCCUAUAGAGACAUUGCCAUCCCAUUAACAAAUAUAGAUAAAUAAAAUGAGCCAAAUUCAUAAAGGGCGUUAGGCUUAAAACAGCGUUUAAGUACUGAAUAGACAGAUUCAGGUCCUUUAUGUAAAUAUUCACAGAAUAUGAAUAGGCCCUGAAACUGAUUAGGGAGAAGUUACACACGUCUAACCCUUAAACGCCCUUUAUGAAUUUGGCCCAGUGUCUCUUUACAUGAAGGAGAGGCAGUUCUUUAAAGAAUAACAUAUUUGAUGAACAUGUAUACUGUUCGGCAAAGCCUUCGUGUAUACUUCCACAGGCAUUCUGCAGCGCCGUACACAUGACACUCCAAAGCUGUGACGUUCAAACGUUUCUUCACGUCCGUCACCAUAAUCACUGCUAUUUGCUUGUCGCUGGAAACCCGAUGCCACUCUUCGAUACCUCUGGCUUUGGACAGCAACAUUGGACAGCAACAUUGUGUCAUCCAAUGCGUCCAUUCAAAAUGGUCAUGACAUGAAGAAAUCGCUUUAAAAAACAAUCCAUUGGUCAAACAUGUAAAAAAGGCCAUUCACAUAUGGGACCAAACCAUACCAGCCAGGACCAAAUCAUAUCUCUCACAACUUCGUGAAUAUUAUCCUGAGGGAAUCAGGGCUUAGUGUUGGUCAAUGUUCGUUUCUCAAUCCGGCCCUUGUGUGCAGGGCCGGAGAAGUGAACAUUAACCCCUGAUUUCCUCAGAAUGUGCGAAUAUGUUAGUCUCAGAAAGAUUUGCCGCGUUUACACGACGAAAAAAGUGGCCAAGAUUAAAGUAGAGAAGCUCCACUUUUUGGACCACAUCGCAUUAUAGAGUACGCAGCCCACUCUCCUAGACCGAUCCGGGUUGACCCAGAUGAGUGCCCGCGAUAUAAGCUAUUUUCUCCCGCGCCUGCGUCACUUUGUAAUGUAAUUGUCUCGCUUGUCUCAUCAGGAGUGUCGGGUCUUGAUGGAGUGUCCCACUUUGACCCAAGCUAAUUCUGGAAAUUGAUCUUUAGUCACCUAUGCAUAGCCAUUACAAACGCUCUUUUCUAAAGCAAACGCUAGGUUUCUAUUGAUACAAAGACAACAUUGAUAUAAAAAGUGACAUGUUUUGUCUUUCAUUAAAUUUACAAACCGGGCACCCAUCUAUAGCUCUGACAAGUCUUUAAAUGUAUGUAAAUGUGUUAAUGUACUUAUAUGAAACUGAUUAUUUCAUGUGCAAUGUAAUUUUUGUAUUUCCCCAAAUAUGGUGGUGCAAUAGAUAUUAUUAUUAUCGAAGUACACAGCAGACUGCUGUGUACGCAGGAACAAGUUGGUUGCAUGCACAGCAGAGGCGAAUUAACUAAACCGCAUCAUCAAUGACGUCAGCUGGAGAAAAAAUGGCGGUGGCGGUGGCGGUGGAAGAACUUCCCGCUUCCAUUCAAGUUGGGGCCAAAUUCUCCAUCUGGCUAUGACCCAAAGUAAAUCUAAGGCGUAUGGAGCCCCGGUUUUUGGAUGACAUGUGUGCCAUAUGACCAAAACAGUUUUCUCCAGCCAGCGAAGUCUGCUGUGUACUCUAGACAAUGCACGUGCCUGUACACUGUAUAUACAGCAUGUUGUGUAUUCAAGAGAAAAUGUUGCUAGGACUCGCAGCAGGUAGCAUAAAAUCGGAGGCGGGGCUUUAUAAUGAGCCUAAUGAAUAUUGAUAUAAAACGCUGUGAACAUAAACUACUCUAUGUUGCAUACACAGCUAUUAUUAUUAUUAUUAU